GUCGACUCCCGGCUGACAACAUUGAACUGUCUAGUGUUUGCACUGCACUAACCCAAAUUAAAUGGAAUCAGCAAUGCAUCUACAAAGAAAUUAACAAUGCUUCGGGUAAUGAAGAUGACAAUGAAAUCCUACAGACCAGAGAACAGACACCCUGGAGUGCUGGGCAGAAUAAUCCCUGCAAUCUAGUACAGUGCGCAAUGUUUGUCACUGUUGGUUUCAUCAGGAUCAACUUCAGCUGAAGUUGUUAGCAUUGGACUUGCAUGUACCGAAUCAUCCAUUUACCUUGGUCAAUCCUCGUCAGCACCAUUGCGUCACAGCGUGAUGAAGCUCAAAGUUAUCAACUGGCUUCGAGAAAAGCUCCGGAAACGACGCAGGCUUCACCGCGAAGAAGACGAACCAGGAGACACCAAGUUGAAGAUGAUGCUACCGACCUGCCUCGCCUCCCUCCUACUCGGCCAAAUAUCUUGACCCCAUCGCCAUCCACUGAAGCUUUAGCCUUGUCCAGCUCUCCUCUAUGGGGGAAGCUUCCCAGAGAGCUGCGAUACGAUAUACUUCUCAGAGCCUUUGGAGGCGGCUUGUUACACAUGGACUUGUCAUUUGUGCACCCUGUUGCUCCUAUAGAACCCGGACGCAUCCUAUUUUCCCAUACCGGCAUCAAUACCGAUGACCAACUCGAGGUAAACUAGGAUACCACAGUGCCCAAGUCCUGGCAAUGGUGGAGCUCAGUGUGCCAUCGUGUCAUGCCCAACUAUGAAAAGACAAGGAGUUUUAUACGUAUGUCUCACCCUGAAAUCCCCAGACCCGGGGAUGACCGUUGCCGUUAUGGGGACGCGCAUUUCUGUGAAAGUU